AUGGUGCUUGAGAUGGUGGAAGGAAAAGCUGUGGUGAGAGAGACAGACAUGUCAGAGGGGAUGAAGAACUGUGUCAUGGAAUUAACUCACCAAGCUCUCGAUGCACGCGAAGUUUCUGAUUCUCCGUCCAUUGCUCAUUUCAUCACAGAUGGGAAGGACUUCAGAGAAAGCAGGGAAGAAACAAUAGAAGUGAUGCAGAAAGCAUGA